GAUUGUUUAUUACCGUGAUUGCUCUUUUUCACUAUUUGAUUUGAUUUGUACAAAUGGGAAAACAACAGAUCGAUAAUGAAAAUACCAAUCCUGUUAUUAGACAAUCAUCUUUGACAGAAAUCGAUCAAUGUUCUACUUUUACUUUGGACAAGGCAAUGGAACAAUUUGGGGAUAACGUGGAAUUGCUUCAACUCAUUUUAUCAAGUAAAGUGGAAGAAGAUAGAAGAUGUACUGAAGAAGCGAAACUCAAGUCAAAACAAUUGGAUUAUCUUUUACAUCAAGAAGCAAAUAAUAAUAAUAUAUCAUCAUCUGUAUCAUCUCCAUUAUCGUCAUCAUCAUUAUCACCAUCAUCAUCAACCACGUUUACUCGACAAUAUACGCAGCAAACAUCAGCUCCUCACAAAUCAUCACUUCCUUUGCAACGACAUCGUUCUUAUACCCCUCCACAUUUGACAGAAGCCAAUCACGCUAUAGAUUUAUUUCACAAUAAUAAACAACAUCAUAUGAUUGACAAUUAUCACUCUCCAAAAAUACCUCUCGUCAAUAUCCAACCACUUCCAUCUAUUAAUACUCUUGAUCGUAGGAAUGACAAGAACAAAGACAUCCACUCUUUUUUUCCUGCCCGUACUACUUUACCUUCUCUCCUUUCCUCUUCCAGUAUCAACUCACCACGUGACGACAUUUUAUUGCAACCUGAUGAUCCACCUACUACCAUCACUUCAUCAUCAUCAUCACCAAUAGCACCUCCUCCAACAUCAUCGAUGCCCUCAUCAUCAUCUUCGCCAUCUAUGACCUAUGAUUCAACAAAUUCAACACCAAUGAUGGCAACCAUGAAUAAAAAAUUACCUAUUCCACAAAUUGAAUUUCCAUAUGAUGACAAUUAUACUUGGAAAAACAAUGGUAACACGAUACAUAAAAAAUCAGGUCAACGAAGUAUUUAUUACAAGUGCACUAAUUCGGCCAAGGGUUGUCAUGUGAACAAGACAGUGACUUUCAAGGGUCAAGGGGAAUACCUUAUCAAAUACCGUGGAAGACAUUUGAAUACCUGCGCUCGUACACAUCCGGAAACAUCCACCUCCACCGACUAG